GGCUAUGGAGCCCUGGGAUUGCCGCUACCAGUUUCGGAUCGCGCUGCUUGGAGAGGCAGCGGUGGGCAAGACGUCGCUGCUGCGACGUUACGUGGCGGGGGCGCCUGGGCUCGAGACCGAGUCCGAGCCGGAGCCCACCGUGGGCGUCGAGUUCUACAGCCGCGCGCUGCAGCUGACUGCCGGGCCGAGGGUCAAGCUGCAGCUGUGGGACACCGCAGGACAGGAGCGCUUCAGGUGCAUCACCAGGUCCUUCUACAGGAAUGUGGUGGGAGUUCUGCUGGUCUUUGAUGUGACGAACAGGAAGUCUUUUGAACACAUCCCAGACUGGCACCAGGAGGUCAAGUCCACUCAGGGGCCCAACAAGGUGAUCUUCCUGCUGGUUGGCCACAAGAGUGACCUGCAAAGCACCCGUUGUGUCUCUACCCAAGAGGCAGAGGAGCUGGCUGCCUCCCUGGGUAUGGCCUUUGUGGAAACUUCAGCCAAAAACAACUGCAAUGUGGCUCUGGCCUUUGACGUCCUCACCACUGCUAUCCAGCAAGCCCUGCAGCAGGGGGACAUCAAACUGGAAGAGGACUGGGGGGGUGUCCGGCUCAUUCACAGGGCCCAAAUCCCUAGGUCCUCUAGCAGGAAACAGCACCCAGGCUCAUGCCAGUGUUGACUUGAGAGAGAAGGUGUUAAAGUAGAGCAGACUUCAGAUUCCCUGGUGGGACAGAGUGUUAGUAUCUUUGGAGGGCAAAUGAGGAGGGUUAAUUUCAAUGGAAUCUUUUUUUKUUGUUGUUGUUGUUGU